ACACGUGGUGUGUUGCACGUGGAGUGAAAUGACGAGUCCACGAGCUCAAUGUAGAGAAGUCACGUUUAAGAUGGCGAGCUCGGUUUAAACUCUAGCCUGAUGAAAUGAAAUGAGUCCCAAUGAAGCAGAGACAUGCUUCACAUAACUUGACUGGGUGGAGUGACAACAUGCAGAGUUUGGUGGUGCAGGCACUUGCCAUGAGGCAGCUAGGGCGGUUGAACCCCCGCCACCUGCUGGCUGCUGGGUAUGGACUGAGGCAGACCGAGUGGUGUCCCAGGACCAUCCACACACGCCAGCUGUGGGGCUGCUCUGCUCUCCCGGCUCUCGGCUGUCACAGGCCCGCUCUCCGUGGCAGGGACGCCGUCAGGGGCUGGUCCGUCCACCAUCUGAGGUUUAAAAGCACUAAGAAGAAAGGCACAGCGAGGACAGCACAGGAGGAAGAGGAAGAGGAGGAGGAAGAGGAUAAAAAAAAGGACCCUGAGGACAGCGAUUAUGAAGAUGAGGUGGAUGAGAACCCAAAUCUACCAAAGGACUAUAAAGACAUGGAGAAAUAUGUGCAGUCCUUUCGCUAUGAUGUCAUCAUGAGGGCUGGCCUGGACAUGGCACGCAAUAAAAUUGAGGACGCCUUCUACAACAGCAAGCUCAGGCUAAACGGACAGAAACUCAUCAAGAAAAGUAAAACGGUGAAAGUCGGGGACACCUUGGACCUGGUUCUGUCGGAGAACAGGGAAACAAACACCGUCACUCUGAUGAGAGUCAUCCUCCAGAGGGUUCUGGGAGAAUCCAAUAACGCAGAAAAGUACAAGGUUGCCAUAAGGCGCUGGAAAAGUCUCGAGCUUGCCAACGAUGAGGCCAUUAAGCCAUGAACUUGGAAUAGGACAUUGUUGACUGGGAUACCAUUUGCCAGAGAAGGCGACAGCAGCAGCAGCAGAAAUGAACGCCACCAAAUGAGUGGCGUUUGAGUGAUCUCCAUAAAGUUGGAUCUCUAAUGGAUUGUAGAGGUCAACAGUUCUCUGUGGUUGUAGACAUUACGCAGUUGUCUGGGAGAUAGAUUUAGAGUGUUUACCUUUCCCCACUAUACUGUGUGACUCCUCAAAUAAAG